CGAUCAAGAACUCGAGCUCAAAUCACACGUGCCCGCGUGUUUUGAUUCCACGAUAAGUUAAUAACACAGUUUCGUUUCUCUUCUAACAAUUUCAAAAGUUUUCAAAAAAUGGGAGGAAAUUCUAGAAAGUUUAAAAAAGCCGAGAAAAGUAAAAUCAAGUUAAAAGGAGCAAAACUUCCGAAAGGCACGAAUGUUACGAAAACCAAUUUCAAAGUGCGUAAAAUCGUACUGCCGGAUCAGAUUAAACAGCGCAACCUGACCGAUGCGGCCGUCCUUUCUAACCGAAGUUUAACAGUAAAGGAUUGCUUAGCCAAAUUGAAACACACCAAUCAGACAGCCAAAUGCGACGGACUUCGAGGGCUACGAGAGAUACUUUUAAAACUUCCAACCGAGGUAACGGAAAAACAUCUUAGUGCUGCUAUCAAAUCGGUGGCAAGCAUUUCGAUCGAUCUGGAGCGGGAAGUCCGCCGGGAUUGCUACAAAACAUUGGCUCUUCUGUUUGCGUCUGCCCGACAGGAGAACGUGGUUCCAUUCUUUGAUGUUCUGCUGUCCUUUCUGCGCUGUGCCAUGACACAUAUUCAACCAAGAAUUCAGGAAGAUUCGUUGCUUCUGUUGGAUACCUAUUUGCAGUAUUUACCACAACUGGUGCUGCUGAAUAAAGAUAAAAUUUUCCCCCAAUUCCUGGACAUGAUUUCAAAACUCAGAAAUGAGUCAAAACCAGAACGAACUCUAACGCUCAGUUUGAACAAACAGUCCACCAAUACCAAAUGGCGAACUAGGGUCCUGAUGCGACUGAUUGGUAUGCUAAAGAUUUUAAUUGAUCACAAAAUUGGCUUAGCUGACCAGAAUGACGAACGAGGUGAUCCGGAACCGAUGGAUACAGCAGAUGAUAACAAUCCCUUUGCGGCCAAGUCGUCCCUAAAUUUGAACCGCACCUUCAAAGUCAACAACGUAUAUGACAGCAACUCCGUAAACAACUUCUCUUUGGUGCGUUACCGAUUACAUGAACCGUGCCCUCUUCCGUUUCUGUUCCGUAAAUCAAUAGGCGAAGGAAAGAUCGCCCUAUCGGAUCAGAUCGACGAAGGUCGUAAGCUCAAAACCUACGUACAGAUGCUAAUGCCCCUGUUGUUCGAAUCCUGGCUGGAAGUUCGCCCGGCGGCCAGCCAAGGAAGUUCGGCCGAGCACGGCCUUUCUCAGGAAGCGGCAACAACGUUGAACUUGCUGCUGGACAUUGCCAUCCAACUGUGGGAUUUGGUCGUAUUGUACGGUCGAGAAACUAACAACUUCGAUAUGACUAAAUGGCUUCGCGAGCAGUACGCAGAACAUUUCAAUGAUCAUAUCCUUAAUGGAUUCCCCUACUAUCAGAAUGCUUCUGCUUCCGGGAACAAGUCUCGAUCUAAAGGACAUCCUCAAAAUGACGAAUCCCAAAACUUGGAUGAAAAGUGUUACCAGCAGAAUUUCAACAUCUGCUAUUUCUAUUGCUGUCUAAACGAAAAUUUCCGGUCCGAUCGCAAUAAAAAUUAUGAUAAAGUAGUCAAUUAUGUUGAAAGCUGCAUUAGCCAAUGGAAAUUUCGUUCACCGGAGCUUAGCGCUCAGUUACUGAAAAUACUUCGCUACAUGCUUUUGGAAACGAAUUGUGUAACGGUUAAUCAAAAUACUCGCGGGCUGUUGAAAACGCUGCUGGAGGUUUACAUUCAAGCCAAACUGCCACAGGAAACCAGAAACCGGAUACUGAUUCUCUUUUGCGAUAUCAUAGUUCAGAACGAUAGACUCUGGCGCGAGUAUGGCCAAGAAAUUUUCACCCUGUGGUUACAAAUGCUUCCCAAUUUACUCAAGAAACCGGCAAUCGAUUUGAAUGUCCUAAAAGCAUUGCUCUGUCUGGCGAAACAGAAGAAUGCCGUAUUCGUGAAAAGUUUGGAGGAGAACGUUGAAGAGAUCGUCCGUAAUCUGUCUCUGAUCAAGGUGAUCAAUGAACAGUACGAAAACGAAGGAAAAGUCCUGAUAGUCAAUUUGAUUUUCUGGAUCGGACAACGCGAUGUGCUGGAAAGGCUGCUGGAGGGCCAACGAGUCAAGGAAAUGGAACUGAACGAUGGAAUGAAAGCAUAUUUUCAGAGUACAUUACAAUCGCGGUUAAAGUAUUUGAAGUGUUAGAAUUUGAUUAAAAUAAACGGAAAAAAAUACUAGUAUGAGCUGAUUUUGAAGUUUUUCCCAGGUUUGCGAAUGAGUCUAAUUUCUUAAUAGACGAUACGAGAGAACUUGGAUAUCCGAUUGAUCGCAAUUGAGAAUUGACAAUGCGUGAGAAGGACCGAAAACUAGUUAUGUUGCAGAAGUCAUAACAGCAUGAAAAACAAAUGUUUUAUUGU